GUUUCACUUUGAAAAAAAAAUUUCGAUGGAAUCCGGCGCCACCCCAGAGUCGAUUCUUUAUCGAAAAUAAGUUUAUACCAUUUUUUUGGUUUUGCCAAAUUCUCAAAAUUAGGGAGUGCGCCGGUCCCUCAAAGUUCAGCUUUUCGAAAGUUCUCUUUAGCACAUUGUAACUUUGUCAAAAAUUGGCCGAUUUGCGCCGUUCAAAGCUCUAAACGCUUCUUCUGAUUAGUACGGUUCAGAAUAUACCCGAGAACACCCGAUCUGAUUACUUUUGUGGCUCCUAGAGGGAAAUAAAAGCAUGAAACACGCUAAAAUCAGCAAUUUGGUGCUAUUUUUCGACAUUUUCGUGAGCAAUAUCGGGUGUACAGGGUGAUGUAUGGUCAGGUAGUGUGUUCUUCAUGUCUGCGGACUGCCACUGUGUGAUUUGAUGGUUUGCCGAACUUCCAGGAGCUGCUAAAUAUUAUUUUUCGAACUAAUGCUCGAGUGUCAAGUUCACCUAAGACUUUUUUGCGGCACAAAACAAGUGUGUUGUUGCAUCCGACGUGUCCUUGUAUGACAGCUUAUUUUCGCGCUACGAUUUAUUUUAUAAAACAGAUGUUCUGACUCAAUCUUUUGGUUUUUUUUUGCGUUUUGGGUCGUGUCGAAAGGUUGGUACGGUUUGCUUUUCUAUAUUAACAUGUAAUCUACUAUUGUUUGCAGGAGCAGAUAUAUCUACUUGUCUCAUCUCAUUUCGUGUUAGGUCUAUAAAAUUUCUUUAGGCACACCUAGAGAUACUUGUUUCUUUUACUAGUAAGAUUGGCCAGCAUGUAUCUUUUAGGGGAACCAUCCACUAGUUUGGUGCCUGCCGAAAGAACUGCAAAGGGUAAGAAAGUCCCAUCUCUUAAGGAUUCGUUACGGUACUUGCAGUAUCUACUGAAGUCGGAUUCAGAGGGUCCGGAAAGGCGUACAAAGGAUGAAUGUUUAUCUUUAGUUGUUGCUGAAGCCAGACAGGUUUGGACAAGCAUUGGGUUUUCUGACCAGACGCUUAUAGAUAGUCAUAAGGCAAAAGCAAAACUCGACAAGUUCCAUUUAAGAUAUCUGACUCUCUGUAAAAGCAAACUUAAGACAUCAGAACACCAGAGACGUACAGAGACCGAGUUCAGCAAAGAGCUAGACAGCAUCUUUGACAUAGCUAAACAAUCAACAGAAGACACUUUACCAACUAUUGUAAAACAAUUUCUACUGGACGCUCGUAAGACUCCUACGACACUAUUCAAGAGUGUUUUAGAAAGUACACCAACUACAAGCAAUAAUCGGGAAAGACACCCUGUACAGCCUUUAGAGGACCAUUUAACGCCACUACCGAGCACUAGUUCCGGGGGUAUGACCCUGAGGCCAAGGAGUCUUGUUUUUCAAACCAUGUGUACAGAUAGCUCUGAUAGUACUUGCCCUUCUGAAAAGACAUCUGGAUCAAGCAGCAGUGCCCCCCCAAAAAAGAAGCAAAAUGUUUCGCCGAUGGUACCAACUUUGGAUAGGGUAAAAACGAGUCAUAGAGGUGCUGCUCAUAUUUUGCGCACCGCUCUAGCUACCGCUAAUACUCAAGAGAAUGUACCUUCAACUAGUUUAUCAACUGUCUACAGAAUAAGGGUGAAAACUCGAAGCAAAAUUGCCAAGGCAAUAAUGACAGAUUUCGUGCCACCAGAACAACUCACAGUGCAUUUCGAUUCUAAGAAAAUGAAAAAUUUGACAAACACCCAUGAUAUUGAAAGGUUUCCUGUUCUUGUGACCGGGCCAGCUUCCACUGACCAGUUGCUUGGCGCUCCAGCAUUAAAAUCCGGUCGAGGUGAAGAUCAGGCAACUGCAGUUCAUAAAUUACUGGUGCAAUGGGGUAUUGCAUCACAGGUAAAGUGUGUCUCUGGUGACACCACCAACUCAGUGAGUGGGUGGAGGAAGGGUGCGAUCCACUACUUAGAAGCGAAACUCGAAAAAGACCUGCUGUACCUAGCUUGCCGGAGGCAUGUCUAUGAAACAUUGCUAGAGGGAGUAGCUGUUUUGAGUACCGGCCCUUCACAGUCUCCUGAGGUCGCUUUAUUCAAAAAGUUCAAGGACUUUUGGCCAAAAUUAGACAUGACUUCCUACCAGGAUGGGCCAUCAGAUGAAAAUGUCUGGGCAGCAAUAGAGCCAACCCGGCAAGACAUCAUUAAUUUUGCAAACAACCAGCUACAGGAAUUUCAGCCAAGGGAUGAUUACAGAGAAUUGCUUCAUCUGACAUUGCUCUUUUCUGGCGAAAUACCUGAAGGAGGGGCCAAAUUUACAAAACCAGGCGCCCUUAGCAAGGCAAGAUGGAUGAUGUAUCUUAUAUAUGCAUUCAAGACCUGGAUGUUUAGAGGCCAGUUUCCACUGACAGCAGAUCAAGAGACUGGACUCAGGCAGUUGUGCAUUUUUGGAGUCAACGUUUACAUUAAACGUUGGUUUAGUGCGUCAACUAUUGCAGCGAUCAGUCCAAGAGAAGAUCUGAAUCUCCUUAAGGAAUUGCGUUUAUUGGCGAAAGGAGGAUCUCUUCAGGCAGAGGCAGCUGCUGCUCUGCACAAGCUUGAGGGAGCUUUGUGGUACCUUUCCGACCGGCUAAUACCCCUGGCGCUCUUUGACGACCAAGUACCAAACGACGAAAAGGACCUCAUCGCGAAAGCGAUCUUAGAACCACAACAUCAACCAAGUAAGAAAAAUCAUCGUUGGCGUAGAAGUCCGAAAGACAUCGAAGAAACCACCCAACUGGCAGACCUAAUCACAACUGAUUCAAAGAGUUUUUUUGAAACUUUGAGCUUGUCAUCAGAUUUUCUCCAUAGCCCUGCUAGUGAAUGGAAAGAUACAAGGACCUUUACUGCUGCUAAAGACGUUGUAGAUAGUUUAAAAGUCACGAAUGAAAUUGCUGAGAGGGGAGUAGCCCUUUCAAAAGACUACAGUCCUAUGUGCAAGAUUGAAGAAAACUAUCAAAAUCUGUUGCUCGUGGUAGACUUAGAUAGGAAAUUAAACAAGUUAUAAAGGAAGGAGCUG